GUUGGCUAUACGUAUAAAGCAAUAAACGAUAACCUUAAAGCUGUUCGUCCGAGUGAACUCGGUAACUACAAGCUGAUUGUUGAUAACUCAUAUCAGAGAGAGACCCAAAGAGAAGCUGCAAAAAUGGGUACUGUCUCUCUUCUUAAGUGCUACAGACCCUUAUUCUCUACGCUUUUUCCUCGCUCCCCUCCAUCAACACCCCACGCAGCCAUCUUCAGGAGGAAGAACCCGCGGUCCUUCUGCGCCUGCUCGUCUCCGCCGUUGACGGCUGAGAAGGAUUGCGGCAAAUCCGACGCCGAGGGUUUCACCCUGAAGAAAACUGCGCCGGAGGUAUGGCUGCACAACACCAUGAGUAAAACAAAACAACUCUUCAAACCCAAAGUGGAAUCCAAAGUGGGAAUGUACGUGUGUGGCGUCACCGCCUACGAUCUCAGCCAUAUUGGACAUGCACGCGUGUAUGUCAAUUUCGACCUUCUUUACAGAUACUUUAAGCAUCUGGGAUUUGAAGUCUGUUAUGUUCGCAAUUUUACUGACGUUGAUGACAAGAUAAUUGCUAGAGCGAAAGAGUUAGGACAAGAUCCAAUCAGUUUGAGCCGGCACUAUUGUGAAGAAUUCUGUCGAGACAUGAUAACUCUUAAUUGUCUGCCUCCCUCUGUGGAACCAAAGGUCUCGGGGCACAUGCCCCAAAUCAUUGAUAUGAUUGAGAAGAAAAAUUUCCAGAAUAUGGGAAAUUAUCCAGUCGAGAUCUAGAAGAUAACCGAGCUGGUGAAAGGGUUGCAGUUGACUUAAGGAAGAAAAACCCUGCUGAUUUUGCUCUGUGGAAGUCUUCAAAGCCUGGGGAG